AUGGCAGGAGACAUCAUGCUUAAGUUUUUACAGUCAUUCCUUGUUUCACUUUCUGUUCUCGUGGGUGCGGUGCCCGUGCAUGCGCAGCAGGUUGCUUACCCCAUCAAACCCGUUCGCAUCAUCGUGCCGUUGGGUGCCGGCGGUGCCUCCGACGUGAUUACCCGAAUGCUGGGCCAGAUAUUGACUGAUAAAAAUGGCCAGCCUUUUGUGGUUGACAACCGGCCAGGCGCGAACACGAUCAUCGGCACGGACGCCUGUGCCAAGGCGGUACCCGAUGGCUCAACUUUGUGUGUUGUGACUGGCAGUUCGGUGUCCAUCAAUCCGUCGCUUUAUCGCAAGCUCCCUUACGAUGCCGUCAAGGACCUGGAGGCCAUCGCCCCCCUAGUUGUGCCGGACAUGGUGUUUAUUGUGUCGCCGUCGAUUCCGGCACGCACGCUACAGGAACUGGCUGCAUAUGCAAAGCGCAACCCUGGCAAACUGGCUUACGGCUCAUUUGGCAAUGGCUCGGACACCCAUCUGACCAUGGAGUGGCUGAAGCGGCAGACGCAGGCCGACAUCCUGCACGCGCCUUUCAACGGUUUCGGGCCCAUGCUUCAGGCAUUCAACACGGGUGAUAUCCAGGUGAUGUAUCUGUCGGUAGGAAACCCUGGAAUUGUUCCCCAGAUCAAGUCCGGAAAAAUGCGUGCACUUGCCGUACUGGCACCUUCGCGCUCCCCGCAACUGCCGGAUGUGCCCACCCUGGCUGAAUCUGGUAUCGGUCAAAUCCAGGGCUUUACCUGGUUUGGGCUGAUGGCACCUGCGGGUACGCCCCGCGACGUGGUUAAAAAGCUCAAUACACAAGUCACGGCCGCACUUCAGGCACCCGCGAUGCGCGAACAGCUUGACACCAUGGCCAUGCGAACCCGCAACCAGUCGGCGGAGGAGUUCACGUCGUUUUUGAAGCAGGACCGGGAGGCAUGGCGCGAGCUGGUCAAACAGAGCGGCGUUUCGCUGGAUUGA